AUGGGCUACAAACAGGAACUCAAGAGGCAAUACUCGACACCGCAGGUAUUUGCGGUCGCGUUUAGUAUAAUGGGAUUGGUUCCUUCAAUCGCAUCAACCUUGGCAUUUUCGCUACCGGCAGGACCUGUCGGUAUGGUUUGGGGGUGGUUCACAGCGAGCAUUUUCAUUCUUCUGGUUGGACUGGCAAUGGCUGAUCUUGCGUCUGCGAUGCCAACCGCUGGAGGUCUAUACUGGUGGACCCAUUAUUUUGCGGGCGUGAAAUACAAGAAUCCGCUGAGCUUCUUGAUCGGAUACAGCAACACGCUCGGUCUCAUCGGUGGAAUCUGCUCGGUGGAUUAUACACUCGCCCUCAUGAUUCUUUCCUGCGUCUCUAUUUCCCGCGAUGAUGGAUGGUCUGCGUCGCGAGGCGUGAUUUACGCUGUCUACGUGGGUCUGGUUCUUUUGCAUGGGAUCUGUGCUGCGCUAUCAGGUCGAAUUAUGCCCAAGAUCCAGACUGCUUGCAUUUAUAUCAACGUCUCGCUUGUCAUCGCGACCGUGAUUGCUCUGCCGGUUGGAAAGGUCACACGUGGUGAGGCGCUGAAUCCCGGAAGCUAUGUUUUUCAACACGUCGACAAUGAGACUGGAUGGCCUACCGGGUGGGCAUUCAUGCUUGCAUGGCUUGCGCCUAUCUGGUCUAUCGGUUCCUUUGAUUCCUGUGUGCAUAUGAGCGAAGAGGCGAUGCAUGCAGCCAAAGCCGUGCCCCUGGGGAUCAUCUGGUCGGCCGGCUCUGCCUGUGUACUUGGCUUUCUCACAUUGUCUGUUAUGGCUGCGACAAUGGAUCCGAAUGCAUGGGCAUUCUCACGAGAUGGUGCCCUGCCAUUUUCGACCUUCUUUCGCCAUAUCAGUAAACGCAUUCAGUACCAGCCCGUACGAAUGAUUUGUGGAUUGGUAGUGGCAUGCCUCAUCCUGGGUCUGCUAUGUCUGAUCAACAAUGCCGCAACAAAUGCCUUAUUCUCCCUCUUCGUCGCAAGCAAUUACUUAUCCUGGGGAACUCCAAUCUUCUGUCGUCUUGUCUGGGGCCAAGAGCGGUUUCAUCCAGGCGAGUUUUACACUGGUCGGCUAAGCAAGCCUAUUGCGUGGAUUGCAGUUGUCUACCUCUUAUUUGGUGUUGUGCUUUCCAUGUUUCCAACCGGUGGUCCCAAUCCUUCACCGGCGGAUAUGAACUACACAAUUGUGAUAAAUGGGUUUGUCUGGGUUGGAUGCAUGGCUUACUAUUUCUUGUUUGCGCGACACUGGUUCACCGGCCCGCGCAUGACAGUCGACGAUAACAGCUCUACAAAUUCGGAAAGUGGCGCCUACAAUUCUGUGGUCUCAAGCGGAGGGCCGAUGAAUGCGAAGGCAGAGUGA